CCUGGUUCUGUCCCAGUUGCAGUGGCCCGAGGCGCUCGGUUCCCCCUGCUCCUGUAGCUCUGGCGGAGUCUGCGCGAUGGGAGACCCGGAAAGGCCGGAAGCGGCCAGGCCCCAGCCAGAAGAGAGGUUAUCUUCAGAUACCAAUGAAAAUGAAGCAAAGUCAGAUGAAGAGCCACUCCUAAGAAAGAGUUCUCGUCGAUUUGUCAUCUUUCCAAUCCAGUACCCUGACAUUUGGAAAAUGUAUAAACAGGCACAGGCAUCCUUCUGGACAGCAGAAGAGGUUGAUUUAUCAAAGGAUCUUCCUCACUGGAACAAGCUUAAAUCAGAAGAGAAGUAUUUUAUUUCUCACAUCUUAGCCUUUUUUGCAGCCAGUGAUGGAAUUGUGAAUGAAAAUUUGGUGGAGCGCUUUAGUCAGGAGGUACAGGUUCCGGAGGCUCGCUGUUUCUAUGGCUUUCAAAUUCUCAUCGAGAAUGUUCACUCAGAGAUGUACAGUUUGCUAAUAGACACUUACAUCAGAGAUCCCAAGAAAAGAGAAUUUUUAUUUAAUGCAAUUGAAACAAUGCCAUAUGUUAAGAAAAAAGCAGAUUGGGCCUUGAGAUGGAUAGCAGAUAGAAAAUCUACUUUUGGGGAAAGGGUGGUGGCCUUUGCUGCUGUGGAAGGAAUUUUCUUCUCGGGAUCUUUUGCUGCUAUAUUCUGGCUAAAGAAAAGAGGACUCAUGCCCGGACUCACUUUUUCCAAUGAGCUCAUCAGCAGAGAUGAAGGGCUUCACUGCGACUUUGCUUGCCUGAUGUUUCAAUACUUAGUAAAUAAGCCUUCAGAAGAAAGGGUUAGGGAGAUCAUUGUUAAUGCUGUUGAAAUUGAGCAGUCUUUUCAGGUUUUUCAAGCAGAAAAUCCCUUUGAUUUUAUGGAAAACAUUUCCUUAGAGGGGAAAACAAAUUUCUUUGAGAAACGAGUUUCAGAGUAUCAGCGUUUUGCAGUUAUGGCAGAAACUACAGAUAAUGUCUUCACCUUAGAUGCAGAUUUUUAAAACCCUCCCCAUAUCUAAACUCAUCAUUGGUAAAUGGCAGCCUAUUUUUCUCUGCUUAAAAACAAAACACAAACCUAAAAUAUCUCCUUUAGGGCUUAGGAGUUUGCUCAAAAGGGAAUCUGAAACCAAAUAUCAAUCAAGUUGAAUUUAUAGAAAUAUGCUUUAAUUUUCCUGUUUGUCAUUCAGAGUACGACCUUCAAAUGCUUUUGUUUCACCCCUAAAAUAUAAGAUGGCAUUCUGUAGUUGUUAAGAGCAUGGGGUGGGGGGUCAGAUAGAAUUUGAGAUUCUGUCCUACUUUGUGUGACCCUUGGAAAGUCAGUUAAUCUGUCCAAACCUCAGAUGAAUGUAAACCCUAAAGUGAAUGUGAUAGCAGGUCCUAAAUUCAGAGUGUGCAUGAGGAUUGAGAUGCAACAUAGAGUCUCAGCCAAUACUGCUGUUGCAGCCUCCUCCUCUUUCUCUCCCCCUUCUCCCUCUCCUGUUAUUAUUAUUGUGAUUAAUAGUGUUUAUUGCAGUGAUGUGAUAAAAUUCUCCGUCUCCUCAAAGUAACUGUGAUUCUAGGUCCUAAGAUCUAGAAUUAGAUCUUUGUGUUUUUAAUGUUUUAGAAGAAUGUAAAUAUUUCCUCAAAAAGAUUGUACUUCUCAUUAACAUGAGAAUAACUUCUUUGAAUUUCUCAGCGUUAUAGUUAAGGAAAUUUGGUUCUUAGCUGCUUUGGGGAGAAAACUUAUGGAGUGGAAUCCUUGAGGUUAUCAUGAUAGUUGACCUUGUAAGCAAAAUUAUUCUGCUCCUUCAGAAAUUAAAAGGAUCAUUUUAGCCAGAUGUUGCCCUGAAAUGUUUAAAACCAGGGUGGAUUAGCUAGAAUAUUAUUUCUGAAAUAGUAUUAUAAGAGCUGUUAGCCUGUCUAGAUAUUUUGUGGGGAGGAAAAAAAAAAAGAUUCUGUGGUCUCAUUUGGGAUAUGUUGUAUGCUCCAUUCCUCUCUGGAAUGUAUAGUUGAUACAUCAAAUACUGAGAAAUUCUGCAGUACAUCACCGUAGGCCCCACUGCAUAUUCCAGACCUACUUAAUAAAGAUUUGUUUUUCACCUGUUAACAUCUCACCUAAUGUUCCUCAGAACAUAGUUUGGAAAAAGCUGGCCCAGAAGUAUUUUCUACAUGGAAGAAGGGCUUGUGGACCAAGCAAGGGAGGACCUGGUGGGGAUUAUUGAGCCAUUUCAACUUUGUGCCAAGCUGAGAAGUGUCCCUGUGAUUGACCGCAGCUAUAUUUCUUAUACUCCUAAAACUCUCUUAUGCUGUUAUUGAGAUUCAGUUCUUUUCUGGAACUAUGCAUGUCACAUGAUAGCAGCUGGUGUCCCUGGGGAGACAGAGGAAACCUCCAAGGUCUCUGAGAAGUCUGCUCCCUGUGUGGGAGGGAAGUGUCAACAGGUAGCCUGAGCCUAAGCAAGCAGUGGGUUUUCCCACUCACAGCAAACUGUUGUGUACAAUUCUGCUUAAGAAGGAUUAGAGAUUUUCUCUUUGCAUAACUUUUUCCUCCAUUCAGUCCACAGCUACCUAAUGCAUUAAAACAGGGAGUUUUCAAGUGGAUGCAAAAGGAACAGGCCAUGACUUUAUGUUAGAGAGCAUAUCAGAAACUUGAGCUAUUUUGGCCUAUCAUAAUACCAUAUAAUUGUUCAAGGAUUCAGAGUUUGCUGAGUGUUUUUAUAUCACCUCAUUUGAUCUCAAAACAGCCUUAUGAGUUUGAUAGAGCAGGCAGUAUUGAAAUUUUAUAGAGAGAGAGGGUGAGGCUCAGUCAGAUUCAAUGGCUUGGCCAAGAUCUGCUCGUAGUCACUGUCACUACAAUAUAUUGUUUUUUUUCUUAGAAGUUACCAUGUUUCUAAUAUUUAGUCCUUGCUAUCCAUCUUGACUUGAUUUUGCCUAUUUUCCCAUUAAAGUAUCACAUAGUUUAAUUAAGAUAUCACAUAUAUUAAUUAUUGUAUCAUAAACAUUAUAACUAUAUUCAGGUAAUAUAUUCAAAGAUGUUCAUCUUCUGCUAAUACAAAAACUUACAUUUGAAGUUGAUAAUAUAUCACUAGUGACAUAAGAAUAAAAGAAAAAAGUUUUAUAUUUCAUAUUCCCUUUGUUUUGAAUCCACAUCUUUCUCAUAGGUAAUGACAGGUGCCUUAAUAUGAAGCUUAUUUAUCGUAGCAAUAAACCUAACUGUAUUGAGAUGAAGUUUUAAUACUGAAAUACUGGAUUUUUUAAUACACUGGUUUAUUAUAUUCAGUACUCUAUCCUCUUUUCUGAGCUUCCAGGUUUCAUAUUUAUUUAUUAUGUUUAGUAUUUUGGUUCUUAGUUCUUAGGGAGUCAAGAACUUAUAGAAUCUCUUUUCAAUAUUAUCUCACAAGCAAAGAAAAUAAUUCAGAACAUGUUUAUAACUUUUUUGUUUUAACAGCACAUGUAUUUAAAUCAUUGCUAUAGUAGUUAAAGUUAAGUUUAUUAUUUAAGAAUGUAAAAACUAGUCAUUCAGUGACAAAUUGCAUUUAUUAAAAAUGUUUCAUUGUAGUAUGUAGAAUCAUGACUUGAAAGGACUCAGGAAGACUGUUUGCUCCAGUGCUUUCAGACAGGGCUGUUUUGCUGUUCAGUUACAUACGAAAAUAAAAUAAACAAUUAUUCUUAUAAUUUAAGCUUACCUCAGUCAUGUUUUUAUAUAUGAAAUUUUUCAGUUCACUCAUUUUGAAACAUUCAGAUGUUUCAGCUUCUUUUGCCAUUUUGAUUUUCGUUUGUUCAUGGAAAACACAGCAUCUUGUAUAUUUAAAGAAUAAAUUCUUUAAUAUUCAGAAUUUUGCAUUUUACUUUUAAAUAUGCUAACAUUAUGUCAUAGAAUUCCUAAAUUACAGUUAUUCAGAUUAAGCUAAGGGCCACAUGUCAAUAAUUUCCGGUGAUUAAGAAAGCUGAUGGGCUGCAAGAACGCCAGUUUAAUCCUGUAACCAGCUAUUAUGUUUUUAAACUAAGAUGAGUGAAUGGGUAGCCAACUCAGGAACUCUUCAUAAUCUACAUGAGUGGCACAGAUUGGGAAUCUGGAUAUCUUUAUUUUUCCUUCGUUUAAAUGGUCUGCUCCUAAAAAAAAUGGUCUGCUCCUUUUUUAGACAGCUACAGGUUCAAAGGAAAAUCUGAUAGUCCGAAGGCAUUAGGAUGAAAGAAUUUAAACCUUCAAAUUUGGGGCUUAAUUCUAUUAAAGAAAAUACAGGUGAAAAUGAAAGACUAAAGAGUUUUUUUUUAUACAGGUAAAAAUAUAACAAUUCAGUCUUUUUCUAAGUUUACAAGAAUCUUAACUUAUAUAUUUGACUCUGUUUUAAAACUGUGUUCUGAUUUUUCCAAAUGUCUGGUCAUUUAGCAAAACAAGUGUCUACUAUGUACAUAGAAAGCUUUAUUGAAUGUGGUAUACUCAAAUAUUUUUAAUGUAUUUUACAUUACAGUGAAAUCAAGCCAACACUGCAUAUAUACAAUUUGAUUUUUUCCAAAGAAAUGAGUUGUUUUGUUAAUUUUUUUGCCUUAGUACAUUGAAAUAAAUUGUAUCAUGUCUCU